CAGUUUAACCAGUGUGUAAAGAGACUCUUAUGUAACCAGCUAUCUGGGCCCUUCUCUUCAGAGAAUUUUGUUUUUCAGUAAAUCGCUGUUAGGAUGAAGCUUUAUAGGUUUGGGGUCCUCGCAGCCAUCUUCCUCUUGUGUGAGCAGCAUGUCUUCGCGUUUCAGAGUGGCCAGGUUUUAUCUGCAAUUCCUAGAACCUCUAGGCAAGUUCAAAUUCUGCAGAAUCUUACUACAACAUAUGAGAUUGUUCUCUGGCAGCCAGUAACAGCUGAAUUUAUUGUGAAGAACAGAGAUGUCCAUUUUUUUGUGAAUGAAUCUGAUGUAAGCAAUGUAAAAGCCCAUUUAAAAGAAAACAGAAUUCCAUUCAGUGUCUCUGUGGAAAAUGUGGAAGAUCUUAUCCAACAGCAGACUUCCAACGACACAGUCAGCCCCCGGGCCUCCUCCUCGUACUAUGAGAAAUAUCACUCACUAAAUGAAAUUUAUUCUUGGAUGGAAGUUAUAACUGAGCGGUAUCCUGAUAGAGUCGAAAAAAUCCACAUUGGAUCAUCAUAUGAGAAGCGCCCACUUUAUGUUUUAAAGGUUUCCAGAAAAGAAAAAACAGACAAAAAUGCGAUGUGGAUUGACUGUGGAGUCCACGCCAGAGAAUGGAUCUCUCCUGCUUUCUGCCUAUGGUUUGUCAGCUAUGUAACUCAAAUUCAUGAGGAAGAAAAUCUGUAUUACAACCUUCUGAGGCACAUGGAUUUCUAUGUUAUGCCAGUAGUUAAUGUGGAUGGUUAUGACUACACAUGGAAAAAGGAUCGAAUGUGGAGAAAGAACCGUUCUUUUCAUGAAAAUAAUCGUUGCAUUGGAACAGACCUGAACAGGAACUUUGCUUCCAAACAUUGGUGUGAGGAAGGAGCAUCAAGUUUCUCAUGUUCACAAACCUACUGUGGACUUUACCCUGAGUCGGAGCCAGAAGUGAAGGCGGUGGCUGAUUUCUUGAGAAGAAAUAUCAACCACAUUAAAGCCUACAUCAGUAUACAUUCAUACUCCCAGCAGAUACUGUUUCCAUAUUCCUAUAAUAGAAGCAAAAGCAAAGACCACGAGGAACUGUCUCUAGUGGCCAGUGAAGCAGUCCACGCUAUUGAGAAUACUAAUAAAAACACCAGAUAUACACAUGGCAGUGGUUCAGAAAGUUUAUACCUAGCUCCUGGAGGUGCAGAUGACUGGAUCUAUGACUUGGGUAUCAAAUAUUCAUUUACAAUUGAACUUCGAGACACAGGAAAAUAUGGAUUCUUGCUGCCAGAGCGUUACAUCAAACCCACUUGUACAGAAGUUCUUGCUGCUGUCUCUAAAAUAGCUUGGCAUGUCAUCAGGAAUGUUUAAUGCCCUGGAUUUUUUCACUCUGCUCCCACAUGUUAAUUUGCUGAUUCCAGCAAGACCAAAUCAUUGCACCAAUUCCUUUCUGUUUUACCAGUAGUUAAGAUAAAAAGGUUUUCAUAGUCCCUGCUUUUGUCAAAGAACAAAAUACAUGCCACCUUUAAAUUAGUUAGACAAGGGUACACCUUUAAAAAAAAAUUAUAAGAGGUUAGGUACUGAUUUUUUUCUUUGAGUCAAGACGUUUGACUAGUCACUGCAAGCAAUUUUAAUAACUACAGUAGUAUCAUGCAGAUCUUUUGGACCCUAAACAACAAAAGGAAAGGUCGUCAGAAGUACAUCAAAGAUUACUGUUUUAAAUUUUCAAUAAACUUCUGCUU